AUGGAGCCAAUUGAGUCAGAUGAGAUGGAAGGUUUAGAAUCCUCAAAGCAGCCGAAAUCCCCAUAUUCAGCAUAUCUACUUGGCAUUGAUGGAGAGCCUGAGGUACUUCCGCGUGUUGGAGAGCAGUACCAGGCAGAUAUCCCGGCUCUACUCCCAGACUGCGACCGUUUGAAGCUCAUUAGAUCAGAGCCUCACCUGCAGGAAGUUGCUACAUUUGGUUUGCCUAUCCCUCUUAUGUGGACAAGAAGUGAGCAAUUCAGAGGUUUCCAUGAAGCCGAUGGUGAAAACGGGAGCGGUGUUUCCUUGGAAGCGUCUGCUAGAAUGGAACCGAGGAGUGUUGUGCUUGCGUUGCCAUGCCAGAGAAAUGCAAAGUUCAAGUUCGAGUGGCUGGACAAGAGCCUCUAUCCAUUCCCUGGGGCUUUGGGUGAAUCUUGGCAAGACGCUGAGCAGGAGAGGUUCCUUCUUGGCCUCUACUGUCUUGGGAAAAACCUGGUCUCGGUGCAGAGAUUUGUUGGCAGCAAGAAGAUGGGAGAUGUGCUCUCAUACUAUUACGGCAGCUUUUACAGGACUAGCGGAUACCGGAGAUGGGUAGAUGGACGCAAGUCGAGAAGCAGACGCUCUGUUCAAGGCCACAAGUUAUUAACUGGCUGGAGGCAACAAGAACUGCUCUCUCGGAUCUCCUCUCUUGUUUCUGAGGAAUGUAAGACUCUGUUGCUUAAGGUAUCUAAAGCAUUUAGAGAAGAUAAGAUUGCGCUGGAGGAGUAUGUAUUCACUUUAAAGGAUGCGGUGGGCAUCGAUAUGCUUACAAAAGCGAUUGGUAUAGGUAAAGUUGGAAAAGAUUUGAGCAACUGCGCGUUAGAGCCAACCAGGUUGAAUCAUGGAGUACGAAUACGCAAUGAUCUUCCGAUUGGGGACAUAGUCAAAUUCUUAACAGGGCAGUAUAGGAUGAGCAAAACCAGGGCCUGUGACCUCUUCUGGGAAGCUGUUUGGCCACGGUUGUUGGCAAGAGGGUGGCACUCUGAGCAGCCCAAAGACGGUCCAAGGAACUCUCUUGUGUUUCUCAUACCGGAAGCCAAUAAGUUUUCCAGGAGGAAGAUGUCAAAGGGAAACCACUACUUUGAUUCUCUCACUGAUGUCUUGAACAGAGUUUCUUUAGACCCCACGCUUCUUGAGCUCAAAUCUGAUGGGGAUCCUGAGAAGACAGAAGAGGAGAUCAAGAAUGAUCCGCCCAUAGAUUUAGACGAGUUUGAUGAUUCUUCACCAACCAAGAAGAAGAAGAGAAAGUACCUACAACCACGCAUCAAAACAAGAAAAAGCCAGGAUGUCACCAUGUUUACGAUUGUGGAUUCCAGUGAAGCGAAUGGUGUGGAAGGAUGUACACUGAAAGAGCUAAGAUCUCUGCCUGUUGAGACUUGCAAUUCAAUAGCAACCUCCCCGAGUUACUUGAGUGAAUCUGAGGGUAACCUGUCUGAGGAAUCUGAAAACAAGGCAGAGAUGACAGCCAAGUCAAUGGCUUCGAGAGUGUGCGGUGGGGGCAGUAUUAGUUCUGGUAAGAGCAGCUCUGCAAACAUGGACAAUGCCACGAGUCGAAGCACCAAUGAUAGACGGCAGAAGAACCGGAAAGGCGGGAGACCAAGAAAGCCAAAGCUGUUACCCGUCUGCAGCGCAAGGAGGAGUAGCUUGGCAGAUUGUACAUUGAGAGAAUCAGCUUGUUUUGGUGAAACUCACUACAGGAAGAAGAAACCAGUGAAGAAGAUGAGACCAAACCCAUCAGAAGCUGAUCAAGAAGAUGUAGUGUUGACGAGAAAAGAGAGUAUCGAUCAAACUGUGAAACUGUCCUCGACCGGUUCCUUCGCAGAAGAUAGCUCUUGUGGAAGAAAUGAAGACCGAGAAAUAUCACCAGAAAGACCUGAGACGAGAGAAGAUUUUGACUUGAACGUUUCGCAAGUCUCACCAGAACGUGAAGCUGAUGUUACAGAUACUGGCAUCACAGACGUUGUGCACAACAGUGAGAGCUCGCAGUCAUGUGUUCAAAUGGAUGUGGAAAUGCAGUCACUGCCUCAAGAGCUGCAGGUAACAGCGGAGCUGCUUCCCGGGCGGAGACAGAGUACAAGGACUCGACCGUUGACUGCAAGGGCACUGGAAGCUAUUGCUUUCGGGUACCUUGGAAACUCGAAAAAGAAGAGAAAGGGUACUACGGAGGAGUCAGGAAGCAGCAAGUCAAGAACAAAGCGCAUCCAUCGUCACCCACUUGUGUCCUCUGGGUUCAGAAACGGAACUGUGGAGGAUGCUUCCAACACUGACGAGAAUGAAUGA